CACUACCACUUGAAAUUCCGAAAAAGGUUACUACUUCCAAACCCAGUCACACCGGAAUUACAGGGGCACUAGCUAAUAAUGACUAGUCGCGUUAUACAAACGUCAACUAGAAGUUUCUUUGGCCAACGUUUCAACCAUGUUCGAUUCAGAUCAGCGUUAUUGACUUCGAGGAGCAACAUGUCUGAAUCGGAUCGAAUUGUCCCACUGGCAGCGACACACCUACAGGAUUCAGAAGGCUUCCACACAUCCAAUGCUCGUGUCUAUACUUCCUACGACCCUGCGAACCCUCCAUCCCAUCCGGGGGCGGAUUGGACUCGCUUUGUAUGCAUCAGCGACACCCAUUCUCGUACUUUCAGUGUUCCCUCUGGGGAUGUCCUACUUCACUCUGGUGAUCUCAGCCGGCUAGGUCGAGAAGACGAGAUUCGUGUUACGAUAGAGUGGUUGCAUAGUCUGAACCAUAGCGUCAAAAUUAUUAUAGCGGGAAACCAUGACCUACCUCUUCACGAGGAGUGGUACGAGGACAGUUACUACGGCUUCCACGACAAGAAGGAGUCACCAACCACGAUUAGAAGCCUCGUCGACAGUGAUGCAAAUCGUGAUCGAGGCCUAAUCUAUUUGCAGGACGAACGAUAUACUUUCAGCACUAAGGAGGGUGGAAGGGAAUGGUCUGUAUAUGGCUCUCCGUGGCAACCCUAUUUCGGCGGCUGGGCUUUCAAUUACUUGCCUGAGGAAGCCUCUGACCGCGUUUCCGGAAUAUCCGAGGUCGACAUCCUUCUCACUCAUGGCCCACCGCAUAACGUUCUUGACAAAACCUUUACCAAUAUCAAUGCUGGGUGCCCUGCACUACUCGCACACCUUUCCAAGAUGCGGGGGCCUCCGCUUCUCCACGUCUUCGGUCAUAUACACGAAGCACGUGGCGCCAUGCGGUAUCCCUGGUUGCAGGUGGAGGGAGACCAAGAUUCUUCGAAUGCAGAAUGCACACCCCCUCUGGGAAUGAAAGAGACGAUAAUGGUGAAUGCAGCUAACCAGCCUCUCGGGCGUCAGGCCAUUAAACCUGGACCAAGUGGUCAGAGGAUCCCAUGCGGUGGUCCAGGCUUUCAACCCAUUAUUGUUGACCUAUUGGACUCGGCUAUGCAGCCAGAAAUGUAAACGACUACGACAUCCGCCCUGUAAUAUGACUACCCACUGUAACUUAGCUAAGACUGUCGUCCCUUAACUGUUACGCCAAAAGGCAGUGAUACUGAAAGCUUAUGUUUCAGUGUCGCAGACAGUAUUCAUGUAGAUUAUGGGAACUCUAGUA